CGGCAAUCCAAACACGGUGAGGAUGACGAUGAAGUGCUGGGAUCGGCGUUCUGCUGCAGCGGCAGCGGCGGCAGCGCUUGUGGUCGCGUGUGCAUUGGCAGCCCAAGCUGUGGUGUUGCUACCUUCCACAGAAGCAGCUGGCGUGGUGGAUGUGGAGGCUUCAUCUCGCGAUGCUGUCUCGCUGACCGGAUUCUGCACUGGAACGUCCAUGUACAACGCGACGUUCUGCAACGACAACUCGACAUGCUGCCCCUACAAGUGGAGUCCCAACGGGUAUGGCUGCUGCACCAUGCCCAACGCCGUGUGCUGCUCCAAUGGCUACACUUGCUGUCCAGAGGGAACCGAAUGCCGGGACUCUGGAACCAGCUGGGAUGUGAUCACAUCUUGCGUUCCAAAGCAGGUGCCAGGCGGCGGUGCAGCCGCCACCCGUCAAGAUGGAGCAGUCACGGGGAAACAGGUGUGCAAGAUCGGCAUCUCGCGACCCUUCAACCAGACCAAGAAGAAGUGUCUCAUCAUCGGCGACAGCGUUUCCAUCGGCUACACGCCCUAUGUGGCGGAGCAGCUUGCUGACAUCUGCGAUGUGCAGCACAGCCCCAACAGCGGCGAUGGUGGGGCGUGCGAGACUGCGUAUGGACUGCAGUGCCUGGAGUAUUUUCUCACGUCCUCCUCCGGCCACCCGAUCCACCCGGAUUUCAUCAUGUUUAAUUGGGGAUUGCACAACCAGGUGGCCAACAACGCCACGCCCGUGCCUGGGCAGAGCGGGCGCCAAGAAGACUAUAUUGGGCCAUUGACUGCCAUUACGCAGCGGCUGCUGCAGACCAACGCCACGCUGCUGUUUGCCAUCACCUCUCCUGAGCUGUGUAGUGUUGAGCAGGAUGACAUUGUGUUGCGCUUGAACAAGCAAGCCAUCGCACUCAUGCGCUCCCACAGCAUCCCCACAGUCAACCUCCAUUCCGCAAUUGUCAACAAGUGCGGGCCUGUGCCGCAGUCAGAAUGCUUUGGGCAACAAGGGUGCUGGUGCCCGCACUGCCCGCCUGGCUACGAAUGGCUGGCACAGUCAACCAUCUCCCCAGCUAUUCGAGCGCUUCUCCUCCAAUCCUGACACCACCGCCCACAACCACGCAAUCCCAGAUGCUUGCUCAGACAUGCAUCCAGCUGCCAUCCUUUGCUUGUGUUACACACCACAGCCCUUUCUUUCUCUUGAGCCAAUGUGCGCCAGUGCUUGCUGCCUUGAGGAACAUGUCAUGUUCGCACGGGUUGCACAGCAGCUUGCUUGCUUGUCAUUUGUGGUGGUCCUUCCAUCCAAAAACCAAAACGCAAUGAUGAUGAUGAUGAGGAUGACAACACGGACGAUUGUGAACCG